CUCAAACUCAGCUGACCUGAAAGACUGGAAUUUCAGCUCUCUUCCUUCCCUGGGAUAUUUUUCCUCCCCCUUCCUCCCUAAGCCCUUUAAACCAGAUUACUGGGUCAGUGACUCAUUCAGCUCGCCAGUUCCAAGGUUUCCAGCUCGUUUGGCUUGGAAAGGAAAACCACUACCUGAUUAGGAAAGCACUUGCGAGGCACAUUCAUCUUGCCGGUGUUGUCAGGAGCCAUCAGCGACUUUUAUUAAAAGCCUGGGGAUCGCCUGAAAGACCUCCUUGUCUGAGCCUGAAAGGCAAGGGGCAUGGUAAGAUCUGGGGGCAUACUGUUGGGACCCCUGGCCCUGCCCCUUGGCCUGUGAGUGACACCCACGAGGAAGCAGGCGCCCUCCUUUGUGGAAGGGACUUUCUGGUGACCAGAAGCGAGUUGGCGCUGGCAUGAGCUCUCCAGGCUGGGGUGGGCACAGAGCCCUGCUGCUCCUGCUGCCCCUGCUCCCCCUGCUGCUGCUGCUGGUCCUGGACAGUGCUGCUCCCACCUUCAUCAGCGUGAACCACGGGCUGAGGGUGAGGAAGGGCAGCUCAGCCUUCCUGUCUGCAGAGGAUCUGAAGUUUGCCAUCCCCAGAGAGAAAGACAUCUGCAAAGUGGAAGUUGUGAUGCACGAGCCCAUAACCCAGAGGGUGGGGAAACUCACUCCGCAGGUCUUCGACUGCCACUUCCUCCCUCACGAGGUGCAGUACACGCACAACGGCUGCCCGCUUCUGCACGAGGACGCGGUGAAGCUCAGGCUGUACAGAUUUACUGAGACAGACACCUUCACGGAGACCUUUCUGCUGCGGAUCUACCUCCUGGAACCAGACUGUAACAUCAUCCGCAUGAGGAGCCCUGCGCUGGAGGUGUCGGAGUUCUAUGGCCUCUCCGGAGCCAUCGAUAAGAACCUGCUCCAAUUUGAUUAUGACAGGACAACUAGCCUGGAGUGUACAGUGCAGCUGGACCCUGUGAGCACUCACCUGCCAGCUCAUGGCCAGGUGGUUGUGGUAGAGCCUCGACCAGAAGGGCCUCGUGGAGAUCAGCCACACAGUUUCUUUCCUGAGUCCCACCUGGGAACAGAGCGGAAGUGUCCAGGCAGCAGCUGUACCCUGGGACUGAAGAAAAUAGGAAGCCUCCAAGUGAGCUGCGAGGAGUUCCUGAUGAUGGGGCUGCGCUACCAACACAUGCAGCCCCCUUCUCCCAAUGUUGAUUAUGUCUCCAUCCGACUCGACCUCACAGACAGCAGGAGUAAAGUGCUUUACAAGUCAGAGAGCGCGUGGCUGCCCAUCUCUAUCAGAGCUGGCAUUCCGAACCAGAUUCCAAGGGCUGCAUUCAUGUCCAUGUUCAUUCUGGAAGUGGAUCAGUUCAUCCUGACCUCUUUGACCACCUCUGUUCUGGACUGCGAAGAGGACGAGACCCCUAAACCAUUGCUGGUGUUCAACAUCACAAAAGCCCCCCUCCAGGGCUAUGUCACUCACCUCCUGGAUCACACUCAACCUAUUUCCUCAUUUAGCUGGAAAGACCUCAGUGACCUGCAAAUUGCUUAUCAGCCACCAAACAACAGCCACUCAGAGAGGAGACAUUAUGAGGUGGAGCUGGAGCUGUACGACUUCUUCUUUGAAAGAAAUGCGCCCAUCACGGUCCACAUCUCGAUCAGAACAGCAGACACCAAUGCCCCACGAGUGUCCUGGAAUACGGGUCUGCAUCUCCUGGAGGGGCAGUCUCGGCCCAUCACUUGGGAACAGUUUCAGAUCGUUGACAAUGACAACAUUGACGCCGUGCGGUUGGUCGCUGUUGAUGGCCUGCAGCAUGGGCGGCUUACAGUCAGAGGGGGCAAAGGAUUUCUCUUCACCGUGGCAGACCUUCAGGCUGGUGUUGUUCGCUACCACCAUGACGACAGCGACUCCACCAAAGACUUUGUGGUCUUCAGGAUCUUUGAUGGUCACCACAGUAUCCGGCACAAGUUUCCCAUUAACAUUUUACCCAAAGAUGACAGCCCCCCAUUCCUCAUCACCAAUGUUGUGAUAGAGCUGGAGGAGGGGCAGACUGUCCUGAUGCAGGGGUCCAUGCUGCGGGCCUCGGACGUGGACUCCAGUGAUGACUAUAUCUUCUUUAAUAUCACAAAGCCUCCACAGGCUGGAGAGAUCAUGAAGAAGCCAGGCCCAGGGCUGAUAGGCUAUCCUGUCCCUGGCUUUCUUCAGAGAGAUUUAUUUAAUGGGGUCAUUUACUAUCGUCACUUUGGUGGAGAAAUUUUUGAAGAUUCUUUUGAAUUUGUCAUGUGGGACAGCCAUGACCCUCCAAACCUCUCAGACCCACAGGUAGUGAUGAUCCAAGUCACUCCUGUGGAUGACCAGCUUCCACAGGAGGCGCCUGGAGUUUCUCGACAUUUGGUUGUCAAGGAAACAGAGGUGUCCUACAUCACUAAGAAGCAUCUACAUUUCGUAGACACAGAAUCAUAUGAUGGGGAACUGCUGUACACAGUGACAACUCCUCCAUCUUUCUGCUUCAGGCACAGGUAUCUGGAUGCUGGCAAGCUAUUCCUGGCAGACAGCAUACCAAAGCUAACUAAAAAUCCCGCAGCCUUGGGACUGAGGUCAUUUACUCAGCACGCUGUGAACUAUCUGAAGGUGGCCUACAUGCCACCCAUGGAAGACAUAGGCCCCUACCCUCAGCAGGUGCAGGUCACAUUUUCCAUCAGCAACCAGCGCGGCGGCACUGUGCAUGGAAUCUGUUUCAACAUUACAGUUCUCCCAGUGAACAAUCAGGUUCCCGAGGUUCUCACCAACAUCCUGAGAGUGGCCGAAGGAGAGCAGUGCACCAUCAGCACAGAGCACAUCCGGGUCUCUGACAUGGACACUGCGCUGGACGGCAUUCAGCUUUCCCUGCGGGGGCUGCCUCUGCACGGGAGGGUAGAGCUCAACGGAUCCCCUCUAAGCACUGGGGAUACAUUUUCUUGGGAAGACCUCCAUUCCUUAAAAGUUAGGUAUCAACAUGAUGGAUCUGAGAUUCUUCAGGAUGACAUAUGCUUAGCGGUCACAGAUGGUGCAAACUGGGCAGAAUUUGUUCUACACGUUGAGGUAUUUCCUGUAAAUGAUGAGCCACCAGUCCUAAAGGCUGGCCUAAUCCCCAUGAUGCAUUGCUCCGAGGGCGGAGAGGUGGUCAUUACUCAUGAAUACAUUUUUGCUACUGACAUGGACAGUGACAACCAGAAACUGAUGUUUCUGAUUACCAGAGAACCCCAGCAUGGUAUGGUGAGGAAGGCAGGGGUCAGAGUGGAUUGGUUCUCCCAGGGAGAUGUGAUCUCAGGAGCUGUGACAUACAUGCACACAGGUGGGGAGGUUGGCCUGGUGCCUCGUCUGGACACCGUCUCACUGGUGGUUUCGGAUCAAGAAAUGGGCCCUUUUGUAAAUGGCUGUUGCCACAACGGACCUGAUCCAUCUGCUCCUCCACAUGGGUCCUUUCCAGUGUACGAUCUCAACAUCACAGUGCAUCCAGUAGACAAUCAGCCACCUUCAAUUGUAAUAGGUUCCAUGUUUGUUGUAGAUGAGGGGUCCUCAGCAGCCCUUACCAUUAACCAUUUGUCUGCCACUGACCCCGACACGGCUGCAGAUGACUUGGAGUUUGUUUUGAUUUCUCUUCCCCAGUUUGGCUAUCUUGAAAACACACUCCCUUCUGUGGGGUUUGAGAAGAGCAACGUGGGCAUAAGUGUUGCUUCCUUUCAUUGGAAAGACAUGAAAACCUUGCACAUCAACUAUGUGCAGUCCAGGCAUCGGAGGGUAGAGCCCACUGCCGACCAGUUCGUGGUGCUUGUCACAGAUGGAAAACGCCGCUCCCCACAGGCACCAUUUCACAUCAAGAUCAACCCCACCAACGAUGAAGCUCCUGUCUUUGUGGUUCAGAAUAUUACUGUGUGUGAGGGUCAGCAGACGGAGCUGGACUCGGCCGUCAUCAGCGCUGCCGACCUGGACAUCCCCAAGGACGUCCUGCUGGUCAGCGUUGCCCAGCAGCCCCGCCACGGCCUCCUGCUCAGCAGGAUGUUCGGCAAAGACACACCGCACACUCAGUCACUGGCGAGCCCUGGCCCAAAACGCGAGCUAGUUCACACCUUCUCCGUGGAGCUCCUGGAGUCUGGAAUGAGGCUGGUGUAUAUGCACGAUGACUCCGAGAACCUCGCCGACGCCUUUGCGGUCCAGCUCUCAGAUGGGAAGCACACGGUACUCAAGACCAUCUCAGUGGAGGUGACACCAGUUAACGACGAGAAGCCCACACUGAGCAAGAAGGCUGAGAUUGCGAUGAGUAUGGGUGAUACUCGCAUUCUUUCUAGCGCUGUUCUUUCUGCCAUAGACAAAGACUCACCCAGGGAGAAGAUUUACUAUGUAUUUGAAAAGCUUCCCCAAAAUGGGCAACUUCAGCUUAAGAUAGGGAGGAACUGGGUCCCCCUCUCCCUGGGCAUGAAAUGCACUCAGGAGGAAGUAGACCUCAACUUGCUGCGAUACGUGCAUACGGGGGCUGUGGAUUCCCAGAGUCGGGAUAGCUUCACCUUCUACCUCUGGGACGGUGACAACAGAUCACCCGCAUUGGAUUGUAAUAUUAUCAUCAAGGACACGGGAAAAGGUGAUAUUGUCCUUCUUGCAAAGCCACUUGUGGUGUCUAGAGGCGACAGAGGCAUCUUGACAACUGCCACUCUCUUGGCCAUGGAUGGAACCAACAGGCAGGAGGAGCUGCUCUAUGUGGUCACCUCCCCCCCACGGUAUGGCCAGGUGGAAUACACCCACCGUCCUGGGGUUCCCAUUACGACCUUCAGCCAAAUGGACAUAGCGGGACAGGUGGUCUGCUAUGCACACCAGCGUGAGGCAGCUGCCCCCAGCGACAGCUUCAGAUUCCUCGUCAGCAAUGGCUUGUGGACCAAGCAUGGGCUGCUGGAGAUCACACUGAAGGCCGUGGACAGAGCUCUGCCAGUGGUGACUCGGAGCCAAGGGCUGAGGCUGGCCAGCGGGGCUGUGGGCCAACUUUCCCCGGACCUCCUCCAACUGGUCGACCCUGACACACCUGCCGAGAAGCUGACCUUCCUCCUGGCUCGGCUCCCGCAGCACGGCCAGCUCUACCUCCGGGGGACCGUGCUGCUUGGACGUAAUUUCACCCAGUGGGACGUGGACAAUGGGAACGUGGCCUAUCAGCACUCAGGACAUGACUCACAGAGUGACUGUUUUACCUUUGUGGCCACAGAUAGGAUAAACAAAGGCUUCAUCAUGGAUGGGAGAGUCAGGGAGGACCCUGUUCCAUUCACCAUUCAGGUGGACAAGCUGGACAAAAUGGCACCCCGAAUCACUCUCUUGCAUUCCGCUUCCCAAGUGGGGCUCCUCAAAAACGGCUGCUACAGGAUUUACAUCACUUCCCACGUGCUGAGGGCAUCAGACCCUGACACCAAGGAUGAUGAGAUCAUCUUCAGGAUUUUACGAGGCCCACUCCAUGGGCGUUUGCAGAACGCAACGACAGGUGAAUUUAUCUGUGAGAAAUUUAGCCAGAAGGACUUAAACAGUAAGACCAUUCUGUACAUCAUAAACCCAUCGUUGGAAGUAAAUUCAGAUGUCGUGGAGUUUCAAAUCAUGGACCCCGCAGGGAAUUCUGCUACUCCUCAAAUCUUGGAAUUGAGGUGGUCUCACAUUGAGUGGUCACAGACAGAGUAUGAGGUCUGCGAGGAUGUGGGCAUGUUGCCCCUGGAAGUGACCAGGAGGGGACACACCGUGGAAUCUGCCUUUGUGGGUGUACAGGUCAACCAAGUGUCAGCUACAGUUGGAAAAGAUUUUACCGUGACUCCAUCGAAAUUGAUUCAGUUUGACACAGGAAUGUCAACUAAGAUGUGGAAUAUAGCAAUUACCUAUGACGGAUUAGAGGAAGACGAUGAGGUCUUUGAAGUAAUUCUGAACUCCCCCGUGAAUGCCGUUCUUGGCACAAAGACAAAAGCUGUAGUGAAAAUUUUGGACUCAAAAGGAGGACGGUGCCAUCCUUCACACCCCUUCAGCCAAAGCAAGCACAACUCACCAGAGAGGGGCCUUUGGCACCCACUGCCCCCCGGGUCUUCCUCACCCAUCACUUCUGGUUCCCUGCAUCUGGAAGGAAGACCCCCUCCAUCUUCCAAGAAGCUUCCAGUCACCAGGGGAGACACCCUGCGGGGCUUUGAUUCUGCAGCUCUGUCUCCUAGGAAGCUUAGAACCCGUGGGAAUGGCAAAGUGGUUCACCCAUCCUCUGUUCACAGAAAUGGAACAGACAUCACCUAUACUUAUCACGGGAUGGUUUCCUUGAAACUGGAGGACAGCAGUUUCCCAAGUCACAAUAAGACGGUCAAAGUCAGGACACCACCGGUGGCAGGGCUGCCCCAAGCAGAUAAGGCAGAAUACACACCUGACUCUCACUUCCCCAGACAGGGUCCGUUGCCCUCCUUUCCAAAGAACUGCACUAUGGACUUAAAAGGACUCUUUCAUCUUGACGAAAGCAUCCAAAAGCUGUAUCAGUGUGACGGGAUUGCCUGGAAAGCCUGGAACCCCCGAAGCAAGGAGGUCGAAGACAAAUCCUGCCCUGCUGGAUGGCACCUUCACUCAGGCUACUGUCACACUGUGACUGCAGAGCAGAAAAGCACCUGGGACACAGCUACGCUAACCUGCAGGGAACAACAUCUGGGAAACCUCGCGACGGUGCUGUCCAGGCAGCACAUGCGGUGGCUCUGGGACUGGAGCGGGAGGAAGCCCUUCUGGAUCGGUCUGAAUGACCAAGAGCAAGCUGGCCGCUGGGAGUGGAUUGGUGGCGAACCUGUCACCUUCACCAUGUGGAAGAGAGGACCCCCGCAACACUCUAAGUUUGGAAGGAACUGUGUUUUGGUUCAAAGACCAUGGAAAUGGCAAACGAAGAACUGUAGGAAAGGCAAAGCUCACAAUUUUGUGUGCUCCAGGAAACUCCAAAUGUAACUGGCUCUGCAAGUGCCUGCCCGAGACUUCUCUAUUUAUUAAUAAGAUCUAUGAACAUUGUACCAUAGAAAGCAAAUCAUCAUGACAGGAUGGGCACACUUUUGUGAUUCUAUCUCGUAAAAUAGAAUGAGAGUAAUAAUUUCAGGAAGGUCACUGUAAGGUGAGUUUACUCCAGCAGGCCUACAUAUUUACCAUGCUCCAGACCUCAGGCAGCACCCAUUUUUCUGGUCCUCAUAUUUUCUUCCUAUUAUCUCGAAAGAACUCAUUCCAAAGUCUGUAUUGGAGGUGCUACUACCAUUCCAGUAUAAGCGAAGCUCACCCUGCUGGUUGAGUUGCGAAUGCUUUUUUGCCCCUCUAUACCUUUUAAAUGUGAAGUCUAAGACCUAAGUCUGGAAGCUGUGGAUGGAAAGAAUUCUCUCUCUGAUGGAAGGGUCUCAGAGACAGAGACUUGUAACUGCGAGGGUGGGAAUUCAGGAAGCUGCCUACCACGACGCGUGGAACGCAUCUACUUCUCAGUAUGAACGCUGGCCUCGUGCCAGCCUGCAGCCGAAGACUGCGUUGCUCCAGAGUCAUGAAGAAUUUUAAGUAACAUAAUCUCUUCAUCAGCAGCAGCAUUUAUUACACUGGCUGGUAUUUCUCAAGGACAUGAAAUCAAAGUGUGCAUGGGAAUGGUGAUUGGCCUGUGGGAGGAAAAUACUGCGUCUCCACAAGCAGCCCUACGAACUGUGCUGAUUAAUAAAGAAAAAUAAUACAAGAACAGCUAUUGGAAACAUAUUUACUCAGAAUUUGGUUGCAAUUUUGAGCCUUUAAAUCUUUAUUAUAUUUCAGAAUUUCUGUUACGAGAUUCUCUAAUGAAAGGAUACCUAUUAAUUUAUAAAAGUAGUUGCAUGAAAUAUUUUAUAAAGCAUAUUGUAUCCUCUACAGAAUGCCUUGCUGAAAUUAAGGUUUAAUCAUAGGA